AUGUCUGAGCCCGCGGUUGACAAAUCUAAGAGAAACUCUGGAUUGACAGAAGUCAAUUCUCGACUUUAUAUAAAACUGUUACUGCUUCAGCUUAAGCUAGAACAGAGUGCCAAUAUGACACAUAGUCUCUAUCAGCCGGAGGAAACUAACUGGUUAUUUACGUAUUCUGCAGUCGAUCUAAAUGAAAUAGAUAGUUCCACGUGUAAAUCUGGAUUCGUCAUAACAGUAAUAAACACAGCUCCAAAACCAAAACGAGAAGUUUUGUCUGAAGAGGAACAAGGAAAACGUUUGAAAGAAGAUAUAGCGAAAUAUGAAAACUUCAUGAAGAAUUCUGAAAUGCUGCAACGGAAUAAUGACAGCAAGCGUUUCCUGAAGGACCAUCCUUAA